GAACCCUCGUCGUGCCAUCCUCUUCUCAACAGAUUUUGGAUCCUCUAGUCCGCCAAGGGCCAGCUGACACGGAGCAGUGCUCUUUCCGUUGUCGGUUUCUUCCAUCAGUCGUUCAUCCGGAAAGAUUCGGGCUACCCCCCGCGGUCGCAUCCACCCUCUUGAAGAUCUUUAGUUCCGGUCGGAUUAUCGGUCGUGCACUCCGAUCGAUCAUUUGCUCGAUCAUGAGGACAGUUGACGGAUUUUCAUCAACGUCACUCGUCAUUUUCGUGAUGUUGACGUGAUCUCGUGUAAGGAAACUCUUGUGAUACCGAUGUGUCGGAAGUGAGUCCGAAUCCUCGUCUCGUCCAGGAUCAUUCGGAACAUCCAGGAUUCCGGGAUCCGAGACACAUUACCGAUGAACGGCCUUGAUUUAUCCCAGUCCGCCGUUGAUUGCAAGAUGAACGGAAGCAGCGACGAAGGCGAGUCAACGUCGGGCGCGACAGGCGGGGGUGGCGGUAGCGAGAACAUAGAAAUGGAGGAAAACGGAUCGACUCGCACGAGCAGCAACAGUAGCAGCAACAAUCCCGUUUACAGAGAUCUUAAGUCACUCCAGGCUAGCAGCGAAGUUCCGCAGGAAUACAAUCCCCAAUCACGCGCCGCCUAUCAACAACGCGGAUACUCACCAGGGAUAGACCGACAACGGAAUUACGAGAAGGAGCAACUUCAACCGUCGCCAUCUUCCAGGGAGGAAGAUAGAAAGUCAUCAUCCUGGGACUACAGCGAGAAGAAUACGCGGAAGGAGUACUCAAGGUCGCGGGAUUACAGCAAUGAAUACCAGGAUACGAUAAAGCAGGAGCCGAAGGAUCAUUCGAGUCGCGAAUGGGUAUCACCCGUUCCGGAGGUCGAGGUCGGCGGUUCAGCACCCGGGGGUCCGUACGUUCGUGCACGCAAAGACAUCCCUCGUGGCGCGAGAUUCGGUCCGUUCCUCGGCAAAUGGGCGAGUGAGCCUUUCAACCCCCGUUACGCGUGGGAGGUUCGCAGCAGCGGUGUAAGAGGCUGGUUGGACGCAUCUCACGAGACGAACAAUUGGCUGAAAUAUAUUCGAAGUACUGCUAGCUCACACGCAGUGAACAUGCGCCAUGUGCUCAUCGGUGGUCAGAUGGUAUACGAGGCUGUUCGCGAUAUUAUAACGGGCGAAGAGCUUCUUCUGGGUCUUCGGGAGCCGCUUCAGCUGCAGGACAUGCUGGGUGAAAAUACGACCGAGGACAGAAGCGAUCGAGAAACUGCCUCUCAACACAGUGGAACUAUCGAUGAGGAUAAGGAGGACGAGGAGGAAGGAGAAACGAGGUGCACUGUCUGUGACAAGCCGUUCCAAGAUAUUGAACUAUUGGAUAGUCAUCUAGUGACGUGUCACAGAUAUCCAGCGGAGCAACAUCGUUGCGACAGUUGUCCUCGCGCUUAUGCUUGGCGACCGCUUUUGGUACGACAUCGCGCAAUCGUUCACGGUGAUCUUAGGAACUAUCCCUGUGAGAAUUGUCCGAAGUCGAACAUCCGGCAGGUCUUCACGGACCCAUCAAACCUACAACGACAUAUUAGAACGCAUCACGUGGGCGCGAGGAGCCACGCUUGCACGGAGUGCGGCAAGACCUUCGCUACCAGUUCCGGCCUGAAACAGCACACCCACAUCCACAGCAGCGUGAAACCGUUCCAGUGCGAGGUCUGUUUUAAGGCUUACACGCAAUUCUCCAAUUUAUGCCGGCACAAGCGCAUGCAUGCCGACUGUCGCAUGCAGAUUAAGUGCGCUAAAUGCGGACAGUCCUUCAGCACGGUAACAUCGUUAUCGAAACAUAAGCGAUUUUGUGAUUCCACGACGCCGGCCGGUCCACCUGGAGCUAUGCCUCAGUUACCGACGCCAGCAACGAGCCCCUUCCUGGUGUAUCCACGACCUCCCGUGAGCCUACCAGGCAGUUUGCCUUUUUAUCCACCUAGUCUAAUGGGUCCUUAUCCGGGAAUUUUCCCAAAUCCUACGAAUUUUUUGAACACACCUUUGCUGUUCCCGCCGAAGAUCGAAGAGGCCGAGAAGAGGAGCGACAGUCCCAAGAAGGAACGUUUUACUCCUCCGAGAGGAUUAUCGCAACACAAUAAAGUAUCUCCUUCCACGGCGGAGGAAGCCACCUCUACGUUUAGGCCAUCUCCAGCCAGACCUCCGGUUCAACCGACACCGGAGAGCGACGAUGAUCUUCUGAAGAGAAGAGAAAUCGCCAGAAGCAACGAACGAAAAAUGGAAACCGAGAGCACUUCGAAUGCAUCGAAGGAGGAGACAGCCGAACAACCGUUGGAUCUAAGGGUGCAGACUAAGAAGCAGGACGCCAUUUCGAAAGUCGCGAAUAGGAAAAGCCGCACUCCAUCACCAUCACCGAUAUCGAUGGAGGAGGCACCGGCACCUCCCGACCCCCCAAAACCAGAAGAAGAUGUUGCUCCUCCAGCACCGAUGGAGCUCGAGUCUAAGGACAUUCAAGAAAGUCCGCAACUAAGGACAAGUCUACCAAUCGAACAACCGUCGACCAAUACACCGCCACACAUGGCUUAUCCCAGACCGAUACACCCAAUGUUUCUCGACACGAUGUAUCGCGGUCCAACGGGAGCCUUCCCGGGAUUUCCCAGCGCCCCGCCGCCUCCAGGCGGAGCUACGCCGGAAUCUAGGCUGAUACCUCCACUUCCACCCUUCGCUCCACCCCGCGGGCUUCCUUUUUUAGGCUCGCUUAUGAACGGGCUCAGCGGCGCUAGGCCAGGAGGAGGAUUCGAUUUACUUGCCCGGCCGCCGCUGAGCGCGUUCCCCGGCGUGAAGCCGUUCCAGGAAGCCGUGAUGGCGCCGCACCAUCACCACCAUCAUCAUCACCAUCAUCACGUCCACGGCAAAAUGAAGGAUCGGUACUCCUGUAAAUUCUGCGGCAAAGUGUUCCCUCGCUCGGCCAAUCUGACGAGGCACCUGAGAACGCAUACCGGCGAGCAACCGUAUAAGUGUAAGUACUGCGAAAGAUCCUUCAGUAUCUCGAGCAAUCUGCAGAGACACGUCAGGAACAUCCACGACAAGCAGCGGCCGUUCAAGUGUCCGCUUUGCGAAAGGUGCUUCGGACAGCAGACCAAUUUGGAUAGACAUCUGAAGAAGCAUGAGGCUGACGACGGUAGCGGGGUGGUGUCGGUCGCCGACUCGCCCGGGAGCAGCAACGAGAACGAGCGGGAGGACACCUACUUCGACGAGAUCAGGUCCUUCAUGGGCAAGGUGACUUACGGCGGCGAGAGCGGCUACGGAUCCUUGCCGCAUCAUCCAACCUAUAUUCCCAGUCGCCUGCACGAGAUGAACGAGUCCAAGAUGGAGGUCGAGUAUGACGAGGACGAGGACAGCGAGGAGGGUGUGUCUCCUUUGGAGGAGACAGACGGACUGUCGCCGAUCGAGGCCAAGGAAUCACCGUCGCCCUCACAGUACGAUCUGAAACUUAGAGAGAAGCAGGAGCUGCUCAAUAAUAACACCGCGGAGGGGUGAUCGAGAUUUCGACAUAGCCCAGAGGUCAGUCUGGGUGAUCUGCGCGAUCGCUUCGAAGAACGAGGAGAACUCGUUUUCAUUAAUGUACAGAACUAUCGCGGGACAUAUCGCGUUUGUCUUAGAACUCUCGAUUGACGUUACCUCGAUGGGAGUAACGUUGACGCAUAAUUCUUUAACUUAGAGUGACCCGUGUAUUUUGACUUUGCGGAACAUCACCCAUUUGCUUCUACAAAGCGAACGCUUCUCGAGUAUAAUUGGGUUAUUCUCUGCGAUACGCAUGAUGAUACCGUAAAUUCACGAAAGAAAAUCUAUAGUAAUAAUUAUAAUUACAUAUUGAUAUAUCCAUUCUGGAAUUUUUAGAAAAAUACAACCAGAAGGGAUUUAUUGAACCCUAUUAUACUUGUAAAACAGGUGCUCUGUAAAAAGAGGAAUAUAAAUAACUCGACAAACGAAUGUCCCCGGAGAUCCUUGUUACACAAUCCUUUUUUACACUCCACGUUUGUUUGCACUGGAAAAGCAUAUUGUAAAGAUCAAGAAAUGGACCAGUUAAUCUUUUUCUUAUACACGCAUGUCACAAGCUCUUCUAUAGUCUAUAGUUCUACAGUUUCUACAGACUCGUUAUGAAUGUAAACGCGCACGAAAUUUAAUAUUAUCCCUCUAUUAUCUUCGUCCUUAAUGUCGAUUAGACGAAGCGCGUAUAUCUAUUAUUUAUUGCUAUUAUUAAUAAAAUUAAUUUAUCGUUAUUAUUACAUCGUCGCUCGCGGCAAAGAAUAUCAUAUGUCAUAAGCGAGAACGAUCAAAGCAUCUCUGCGAAAGUUCCGCGAUUUGUUAAACGCCUUGCGAUAUGUGUAUGUGUGCGUGUGUGCG